AACACUGUAGGGGUCCGGAGAAGCUUUCAAGUUGUUUUCUUUGGGUUAGUCCCUGAAACCGUGACCAGUGACUUGUGGUGUAGAGCUCCCCAGGGCUUAAACAGUGGCUUCUCUUGCCCCCAAGGUCAGGACCGGGGCUGCUCAGAAGAAAGCCGGUCUCUCAGGGGCCCCAGGCCAUUCCCACGGCAGCUCGGAUGGUGGGUCAGGAGGCUGUGCCCUGCCCCCCUGGAACUCUGUCAAGGGGACCACCCAGCUGUAUGAAGGAAAAUAAUCUCACUGGUCCGUGCGGGGCAGCCUGAAGAUGGAUAAUUACACGUCAGCCCCCGACGAUGACUAUGACGUCCUCAUCGAGGAUGACAUGAAUAGCGGCGAAGUAGAACGGUGCGACCCCUACGACCCCAAGUUCCUGGCGGCCCGCGUGGUUCCACAGCUCUCCACCGCCGUGUUCCUGGCGGGUCUCCUGGGCAGUGUCUGGGUCGCGCUUAUCCUGGUGAAACAUAAAGGACUCAAGCACAGGGAAAAUAUCUACCUCCUAAACUUGACCAUUUCAAAUUUGUGUUUCUUGCUGGCCCUGCCGUUCUGGGCCUACACUGGGACGCAUGGGGGGGUUCUCGACAACCCCUUCUGUAGAAUUCUAGUGGUACUUUACUCCAUCGGCCUGUACAGUGAAGCGUUUUUCAACGUCCUCCUGACCGUGCAGAGGUACCUGGAGUUUUUCCCCGUGAGCUUGCCCUCCACCACCCGGACAGCACGCUGGGGCUUGGUCUCAAGUGUUCUGGCGUGGGUCCUAGCCGCUCUGGUCAUUUUGCCCGAAUCCGUGUUUUACAAAGCUCGGAUGGAAAGCCAGACAUCCAAGUGCUUCUUCGGACGACCUCACUUCUUGCCGGCGGAGGAGACAUCCUGGAAGCGUUAUCUGACCUUAAAAAUGAACAUUUUGGGACUUCUUUUUCCACUGUGCGUUUUUGUCUUUUGCUAUGGACGAGUGAGAAAAAUACGAAGGUCUGGGGAGAGGAGGUCUGGACGUUCCAAGCUUGUUUUUGCCAUAAUGGCUGUUUUCCUUCUGAUGUGGGGACCCUACAAUAUUGCCCUUUUCCUCUCCACUUUUAAAGACUUUUUCUCCCUGCAUGACUGCAAGAGCGACUACAACCUGGACAGGAGCGUUCAGAUCCUGAGAAUUGUCGCGGCCACCCACUGCUGCGUCAACCCCCUCCUGCAUGCGUUCCUCGACCCCACAUUCAGAAGAUACCUCUGCCACCCUUGCUCAGUGUGCAGUGGUCGUCCGCUUCAGUCCAGGGAGGAAUCUACACGAGAGGCAUCCAGAGAAGGACACGACCAUUCCAUUCCCCUCCGAGCUAGUAUAAACUAGCUUCUGUCUA